GAGAAGUUCCGGCGCCGCUGCCAAGACUGAACGAAUGAAGUGGUAGUAUAAGGGCUGAUUGUCCCCUUGAUGGAUGUCUCUUUUUCUUACUCCAUCAUCCACAGUCAUUCUCUAAGCAGCUUCACUUUGAUUCAUACAUCUUCUUCAGCUGGUCUGUCGCUUUUACGUUCUCUACUUUUAUAUUUUUAAUUUUAUAUAUUUGCUUCGAGCAUUCCACUCUCUCCACCAUCAAAAUGCGUUUCACCACCUCAAUAAUCAUGGCCUCUGUUGCCGCUCUCGUUGUCGCCGCUCCAAUGAAGGCAAAGAGACAAGACGAGUUCAGCGAACUCUUGGAAAGCAAUCAGCUCGAUAACUCCAACCUCGACAGCUUGUUCAGCAGCAACUCUCUGGAUGUCAACGACAUUGCUGAGCUCCUUUCUGACUUCGAUCUCAACUCUUUCAACAGCCAAUUCGACUCCAGCUUCGACAACAACAACAUUGAGGAGCUUCUGAUUGAACUUGAGGGCAACAGCUUUGGAAACUCCAACAUCAAUGAUAUCAACGACGUGAACUCGUUCAACCUUGACGAUUUCGCCAACAGCUUCAACGAGAACUUCAGCGGUAGCUGGAACUCCGACGAGAUCGAGCAGCUUUUGCUUGAGCUUGGUCUUGUCAACUCCAACAGCUUAGACAGCAACAACGAGUUCUUCAACUCCAGCGAUCUCUCCAACGAAGACGAUCUGUUCUUCAACUCCAGCGACCUGAGCGAUCUUGAGUCUGAGAUCAUCUCCACCUCCAUCGUCGCAUAAAUGGACUGAGUUGAGAGCGGGGUAGUGAGUGAGAUAUUGGGCAGUGCUUGGAAAAGGGAAUGGGACGUCUGUGUUGGGCAGAAUAGAUUAGGAGAGAGAUCAGAAGAUGGAAUGGGUGGAGUUGCUUGGGUG